AUGAACUCUUCUCCGGAGAAUAUUAUAAUCAAUCCGUGUCAAUAUACUCCCGUUUAUGUGAUACAAAAUUCCAGCAUAAAUCAGGCUAGGUCAUAUGUUAUUUCACAAAAUAGUGAAAACUCUCAAAAGCCCGUGGGUGACAGCUUACGAAGCUUUUACGAAAAUAGCGGCAAAAUAGCAAAUAACCUACAGGAAAAUGUUGAUUACAAACCGAGGAUAUUAAAAAAAGUCGAUAGCAGCGUAGUUGGUAAUAAUUUAAAGCUAGCUAGUUUCCUUUUACCUAAAUCUGAGACAAGCAAGCAGUAUGUGACUCCAGUUAAAAACAUUUUAUUAAAACCCGUCGCAACUUCAUGUAACCCAAGUGUUACUAAUACUGUACCGAAACUGGAUAUAAAUAGGAAAAUUGUGAAAUUAAAGAACAUCCCCAAGAACUCAAUUCAAGGAAAAAAGUUACCAAAGAUUAAACCAAAGGAAAUCACACAUAAUCCAUCCAAACAUACUUCUGUGCAAUUGCUUAAACUUGGUGAGACAUACCACAGUCUCAAUCAGUUGAGUGAUGAUCAGAUGAAAAUAGUCAAUCAUGCUCUCAAGAUAUUUAGUGACCCAGAGAAAACACCAAAGGAGCCAGCUUAUGAUCCAGUCACUAACACUCGCUUUAUAUAUAAAGUCCUAUCACCAAAAGAUUUAACCAUAGUUGGUAAAAAUAAAUUAAUUUUUAAACAAAAGAGAGUAGAACUAAAAAAAGAAAUAACUAAAAAGGAAGAGGAAGUUGUUCUUAAAAAGAAGAUAGAAAAGAAAGAGCUUAAACCCAUUGUGGCACAGGACAUUUGUGAACCAGAACCGACUGUUGCUAUUGAGACAAAAGUGACGCGUAGUGGGCGUAAAGUCAAAUUGCCCAAACAUCAUACCCCAGAAGAGGAAAGUCCUCACAAACCAAGGAAAAAAAAUGGAACUAUUGUCUCUUGCUUUCAAUGUUCUUUAGAAUUCAGCAGUUUGUAUCGUUUACAAAGACACUAUGAAAAUCAUCCUACCCACAUACCAGCGAAAAUCCACUCUAACCUUUUCCAUUGUCUCCUGGCCAUCAUCAAAAGCGGAUCAGAAGAAGAUAGAGCUAACAUCUUUAUUCAGCAGUUGGAGCAGUUGAUAGCAAAAUUUAAAUCUCUUUUGCCAUGUCUUUUGAAAAAAGUGGAUGGAAAUGAUGGGAAAUUGUGCAAUAUAAAUGAUGACAUUGGAAGGUUGUUAGGU